AUGCGGGCGGCGACGCAGGCGCUGCAGGCCAGGCGCGCCCUGGCCGGGGCGGCGCUCGCUCCUAGGAAGAUACGCGGCCACACCGGCGCAGUCGGCCGCGGAGGCGCGAGGGGUCCUCGCGUGCGGUGCUCUGCCGCCGAGCCGAAGCGCAAGGGGCCGUCUGCCAAGUCCAUUGGUUUGGCCGCGGGCGGGGAGUGCAUGAUGGUCUUGGCGACGACCCUGGCAAGCGAACGCAUCCCCCUCGUGCUCGAAAUGCCGCUCGCCGCCACCCUCCUCGGCGCUUGGGCAGCGGUCGGCUACGCGCGGGGCGACUUCAAACGAGCUGGCGAGGUCCUCGAAGACGGCGACGACACGUGGAGCAUCAUGACAGGCGCGUUCAUCUACGAGGUCGUCGACCAGACCAUGCUGACGUGGCUCAUUUGGGCCCCCUGCGCCCUCCUCGCCUGGGCAGGCCUCUAUUCGCGCCUCUCGCUGGCGCCCGAAUUCUCCUCCGUGCACGACGUCGUCGCGCCGAUGGAGAGCCGCCCCGCGGAGGUCCAGGUCGUUGCCGCGGUGUUCAUCACGGUGCUGUGCUGGCGGCUGCUCUUCCGCUUCAUCAGUGGCUCCUCCGCCAGAAACUGA